GGCAGAGGAGAGGGCCCCGAGCUGGCGGGAACGAAGGCAAACAAGCAGAGGGAAGAGCCGAACAAAGGGGCUGGGGUGCACACACUGAUUUACACUAUAAUUGAAGGGGAUCAUUAUUACCAUUUCAAACACCGAGGCAUGGUGCAGAAAUCCCUGAACAGACACUGGGGCUGGCAUGUGCAUCUGAAAAGAGAGCCCAAGGUCCACUGGUUUGAACAGCAAACACUGAAGAGGCGAACAAAAAGAACCAUUGCUGUAGUGCCAACAGAUCCUUGGUUCCAUAAACAGUGGUACAUGAACAAUGACGUCCAUCCAGACCUGAACAUCCUCACGGCUUGGAGCAAGGGGUACACCGGCUUGGGUGUGGUGCUCUCCAUCCUGGAUGACGGACUGGAAAGGGACCACCCGGAUCUGUCUGCCAACUACGAUCCCCUUGCGAGUUACGACUUCAACAGCAACGAUCCCGACCCGCAGCCUCGUUACUACCUCUGGGACGAGAAUCGGCAUGGGACGCGCUGUGCCGGAGAGGUGGCAGCUGCAGCCAACAACAGACUCUGUGGCGUUGGCGUCGCCUACAAUGCAAAAAUCGGAGGUGUGAGGAUGCUGGACGGCCCCAUCACGGACAUUGUGGAGGCUCAGUCCCUGAGCUUCCACCCCCAGCACAUCCACAUCUACAGCGCUAGCUGGGGGCCGGAGGACGACGGGAAAACAGUGGACGGCCCCGGGAUCUUGGCCCAGGAAGCUUUCUACAGGGGGAUUGCGAAUGGACGCGGCGGCCUGGGCUCGCUCUUCGUCUGGGUGACCACAGAUCUGCGGCACCGCUGCACCGACAAGCACACGGGCACCUCGGCCUCUGCCCCCCUGGCUGCAGGGAUGAUCGCGCUGGCGUUGGAGGCCAACCCGGCGCUGACCUGGCGCGACAUACAGCAUCUCGUGGUCAGAGCCUCCAAGCCCGCCCACCUGCAGGCAGAAGACUGGGCCCUGACCGGAGUCGGACGCAAAGUGAGCCACCAUUACGGCUACGGACUCCUGGACGCUGGGGAUCUGGUGGACCUGGCCAGGAAGUGGACGCCGACCGGGCCCCAGAGGAAGUGUUCGGUCAAAGUUAUCUCCGCGCCCCUGAAGAUAGGCUCGAAACUCACAGUCAGCAAAAAUGUCUCCCCCUGCCUCAGGAGGGCCAGGCAUAUCCGCUCCCUGGAGCACGUCCAGGUCCGCGUCUCCCUGAGCUACAGCAGGAGAGGGGAUCUAGCCAUCUCUCUGAGCAGCCCGAUGGGGACCACCUCCACCCUGGUGGCCGUCAGGCCCUACGACACCAGCACCCAGGGCUACAAGGACUGGUCCUUCAUGUCCACGCACUUCUGGGACGAGGACCCCCGGGGCACCUGGACACUCUUCCUGGAGAACAAGGGGGAUCCCUACAACACAGCUUCCCUCGCCCCCGCCAGGCCCUACGACACCAGCACCCAGGGCUACAAGGACUGGUCCUUCAUGUCCACGCACUUCUGGGACGAGGACCCCCGGGGCACCUGGACACUCUUCCUGGAGAACAAGGGGGAUCCCUACAACACAGGGCUCCUCACCAGCUUCAUCCUGCAGCUGUACGGCACGGACGAGGACAUGAUGGCCAGACAGAUCGCAGCCUCCGUUGUGAGCGAGUGUGCGAGGCGGGACGCCACGGGGGCGUGCGAGGAAUGCGCCAGCCCCUUCUACGCCUUCCAGCACCUCUGCCUGUCCUACUGCCCUCCCCGCUUCUACAACCGAUCCAAGCGGUCCCCCGCCCCGGAGGGGAGCCCCCACGCCGCCCAGGUCUGCGCCACCUGCCACCCGUCCUGCUACACCUGCCGGGGGGCCACGGCCAACAACUGCACCGCCUGCCCGCCCUCCUGCACCUUCCACGAGCCCUCCCACUCCUGCUCCCCGCCGGCCUUCGCCGCUCGCUUUCCCAGCCCGGUGGCCGAGCACCGGCAGCACCUCGCCUUCCUCCUCCUGGCCAUCCUGCUGGGCGGGGGCCCUCUGCUCGUGGGCCUGCUCUGCGUCGCCUACCACGUGCUGCCCGGGGCCUCGCGGUGCCCGCUGCCCAUCGGACGCAAUGGCACCACUGUUUGUGAGGCUCUGGGCCAGCUCCCACCCGCGCUGGUGCAAGACCCCUCGGGAGCGCCCCCCCCCCAGACUUGCCCCUCAGCCCGGGGCCUCGCGGUGCCCGCUGGCCGUCGGACGCAAUGGCACCGCUGUUUGUGA